UUGACCAUACACUCCAGAUAAAACCGAAGAUAAGCCAAGCUUCGUUCUUGCUCUGCCAUUUCCCUCUCUUUCCCUUCCUAAAACCAUCCAAACAAAUAAAUGGCGACGCUGUCAAUGGAUAUCGCAACAACUUUCAUCAACUUCACCACCCGUUGCGGCGGCCGCCGCCGCCCUCCAACCCCACCUCUCUCCGGGGUUAUUCCUCUCUUCUUCAAACCCUCCACCAUCCAUACCCGCUCCCUUUCUUCCCAUACGUUGUCUUCUUUUCCUCGCACCGUUUUAUCCACCUCCAAAGUUAAUCGCUGCCGCCGGUUCUAUGUAUUAGCCACCGCCACUACUACUCCAAAAAGCGAGGAUUCCGACAUUUCUACAAAAAUUCCGCCUGAUAAUCGUAUUCCUGCCACCAUAAUCACCGGCUUUUUGGGUUCUGGCAAGACAACAUUACUCAAUCACAUCUUGACUGCAGAUCAUGGGAAGCGUAUUGCAGUGAUAGAGAAUGAGUUUGGCGAAGUAGAUAUCGAUGGCUCUCUUGUCGCCGCUAAAUCUGUCGGGGCUGAGGACAUAGUCAUGCUUAACAAUGGCUGUCUAUGCUGUACUGUAAGGGGCGAUCUUGUGAGGAUGAUUGCAGAGCUAGUCAAUAAGAAGAAAGGGAAAUUUGACCAUAUUGUAAUAGAGACUACAGGAUUGGCAAAUCCUGCACCAAUCAUUCAGACAUUUUAUGCGGAAGAUCAGGUUUUCAACGAUGUCAAGUUAGAUGGUGUUGUAACUUUAGUUGAUGCCAAACAUGUGGGCUUUCAUCUGGAUGAGGUCAAACCAAAGGGAGUGGUCAAUGAGGCUGUUGAGCAAAUUGCUUAUGCUGAUCGCAUAAUUGUAAACAAGACCGAUCUUGUUGGUGAGCCAGAAAUAGUGUCCUUGGUUAAGCGGAUAAGGAACAUUAAUGGUAUGGCUCAUCUCAAGCGCACAGAGUUUGGAAAAGUUGACUUGGAGUAUGUUCUUGGGAUAGGAGGCUUUGAUUUGGAGAGGAUUGAGAGUUCUGUCAGUGAUGAAGGUGCAAAAGAAGAUCAUGCUCACCAUCACCAUCAUGAUCAUGACCAUCAUCAUCAUCAUGAACAUGACCAUAAACAUGACUAUCAUCAUCAUCAUGAUAAUGAUCAUACUCACGACCCAGGAGUUUCCUCUGUCAGCAUUGUUUGUGAAGGGAGCUUAGAUCUCGAGAAGGCUAACAUAUGGCUUGGUACAUUGUUGUUGGAACGUAGCGAAGACAUUUAUCGGAUGAAAGGUCUUCUUUCUGUGCAGGGUAUGGAUGAGAGGUUCGUGUUUCAGGGAGUUCAUGACAUAUUCCAAGGAUCACCAGAUCGGUUAUGGGGACCGGACGAACCGAGAGUAAACAAGAUUGUGUUCAUUGGGAAGAACUUGAACGCAGAGGAAUUGGAGAAGGGUUUUAAAGCUUGUUUACUAUGAUUUGAUCCACUGAA